CGUCUGCUUCGGUAGGUGCAUGAGAGAAAAUCCUGCGUUUGUAGUGUAUCUUUAUACUAAUACUGCUAACGUGCUUCGAUCGUAGUAUCUAAUUAUAUAUUUAUGCUUAGAACGAGAUAUAAAAAAACCGAGACGUUUUUUAUCGAGGAAGCCGAAAUAUCUCGUUAGACUAGCUCGUUGGAAGAACUUUACUGACAUAUCCAUAAAGAAUUACCGUACCUUUACUGAUGGAUGACGAUACCAUAGCCUUCGGAGAGGAGGAUGAAGUUGUUCAAAGCGACAAACUCAAGCAUCCCUACGUUACCAUAUUCCAUCUGGCAUUUAGAAUAUCAGCUAUAGUAGUUUAUAUGAUGUGUCAAUUAUUUUCCAAUAGUUUUAUUGCUAGCUUUGUCGUUGUUGUACUUCUCUUGUCAAUGGAUUUUUGGACAGUUAAAAAUAUAACCGGAAGAUUGAUGGUGGGACUUAGAUGGUGGAAUUAUAUAGACGACAAUGGGAAGAGCAACUGGGUAUUUGAAUCUAAAAAGGGUCCCCAACAGAAUCGUAUUAAUGUGGCAGAGGCACGUAUCUUUUGGUUGGCAUUAAUAUUGUGUCCACUUUUGUGGUCUAUAUUAUUUAUCACUGCCUUGUUUCGUUUAAACUUUCAAUGGCUUUUACUCGUAUGUAUUGCUAUCAUUUUAAAUGGGGCCAAUCUUUAUGGAUAUGUGAAAUGUAAAAUGGGAGGUGAUCAGUAUAUUUCAACGGCUACCAGUGAUUUCUUUAGGAAACAAAUUAUACAAAACGUUGCGUCGAUGAUGACGAGGAGCCCAGCAACAAAUAAUCCAAAUCAACAAACUAAUGUAAUAUAAAAAAACCGUCUUUUGUAAGUAUAAUGAUGUGUAUGAAAAAAUUAAUAAUAAUGUUGUAAAUGUCUAUUGGGUGAAUGAUGAUAUGCUUGUAAAUAAUGAUAUUAGUUAUUAAAGUAUAAGUACUCUGUAAUAAAAUUAUUAUUUGAAAAUGUGUGCUUAAAAAAAAAAAA